AUGAAUUCAAUAUUAGACGUGAAUAGAAAUCAAAGUAAUUAUAAAAAUUAUAAGAGAGUGAGACGACAGACAAAGUCAACUAAUAAAGCAAAAGCAAAAAGUGAAGAAAUAUGUGACAGCAAUGAAUGCGAAACUUAUGGGAAAUUAUAUAAACAAUUGAUCGACACGUCUGUGGAUCCGUGCCAUGACUUCUAUGAUUACGUUUGCGGGAAAUUCACCAAAAGUACAGUCAUUCCCGAGAAUAUGGUCUCAUUUGGUGCGCUGGAGAGGGCCGACGAAAAGGUGACACAAAUAGUAAAGCGUGAAUUGAGUGAAUCUCACAAACGGUGUGAUUCAAAGUCCAUCAAAUAUGCCACCAAUUUAUACAAUGGAUGCACUGAUUUUGCAAAACUAGAGUCGCGAGGAAUUAAACCACUAAUCAAUGCAUUGAAUUCAAUCGGCGGAUGGCCUCUAAUACCGAACACUGUAUUCAAUGGCAAAACAUACGAUCGUUUUCAUGCCUUAUCUCUAGUGAUCGCCAACUUUGCCUUGAGUUCAAUCAUCGAAAUCGGUGUUCAGCCGGACAUCAGAGACAAUACAAAGAAUAUACUUUACUUAGGUUCGGCGCCGGACCUGUCUUUAGAGUGGAAGAAGCGCUGGAAUCGGCGAAACCGGACACGUCUUAUGGUACCCAUCAUUCCCACUAUUGCUGACGAUAACAUGAAUUCAAUGGACGAAAUAAAAAUGAUCCGCGAGUUUGUGUUAACACAGUGUCUUAUAAUGGGAGCCAAAGACAGUGUUCGCACUCUUCAACAAAUUGAUGAGUUGUUUAUGUUUUCCUCACGACUCGAAAGCAUUCAAACCGAAGAGACGAAUCUGGAUAUGGUUUACAACAAAAUGACUUUCAAACAAUUGAAUGCAUUGUCAUCUAAUAAAAUGGAUUGGGUUUCACUCAUUAACAACAUCUACCGCAUGAGUGGCACAAACGCGCGCUUCACUAAAGAGGAUCAGCUCAUUGUCACUGAUAUUCAGUAUUUUACAAAAUUGCCACAAAUAUUACUGAAGACACCGAAUAGAGUUAUCGCAAACUUUUUAGGCUUUUCAGUCGUUCAGAUGUUAAGCGAUUAUACGAUCAAAAAGUUUAGGCAAAUGGACUUUGAAUUACAGAAGUCGUUGACAGGCAUUACAACUCCGCCCGAAGACUGGAAACUAUGCGUUGAAUUAGUGGACGGCUUAAUGCCUUUCGCCACGAGUCGUAAAUACAUUGAAAAUAACUUUGAUUUGAGAGCCAAAAGAAAAUCAACAGAAUUAGUGAAUUACAUACAAAAAGCGUUUUACAAAUCGCUUCAAACGAAUCCAGUGUUAGAGAAGUCGACGCGAACCAUGACUUUGGCUAAAGUGAAACAAAUGACCAAAAAUAUCGGAUAUCCCGACUGGCUGUUUGAUGACCGCACUCUCGACAGUAUGUAUAACUUGGAUAUGGAGUGCAAUAAAGAUAAAACAUUUGAAUGCAUUUUACACCUCUUGAAGCGAUCGGUUUACACAAACUUCAAGUCCAUUGAUGAGCCCGUGAACGCAACUUUAAACUGGCCAUUUGCGCCGACAACAGUAAACGCGGCGUACUUUCCAACAUUUAACUCGAUCAGACAUGAAAUAACUCAUGGAUUUGACAGCUCUGGCAGUCAAUUCAAUGAAAAGGGCAAUUUAGGCACCAUUUGGGACAAACCAACUCAAAGGAGAUUCAAUCAAAAGGAGAAUUGCUUUAUAAACCAAUACAACAAUUACUGUGAUUCCGGAUUUUGUGUGAGCGGUGAGAAUACAAAGACGGAGAACACUGCGGACAACGGGGGUCUCAGGAAUACAUUCAAAGCCUAUAAGAUGUGUAACCAUAACGGAGAGAAACCAAAACGGUUACCGCAU